UUUUUUUAUAUAAAAAAGGGAGUGCUAAAGGAGUCAUUCAGAAGUGAGUGAAGGGGCAAAAAAGCUCAUUUCUUUCAUUCAGGAAUGGACACUGGACCAGAAUGAAAUGUGGGAAUAUCGGGAUUGGCAGAUUUGUUAUAUUGAAAUAAGCCUCAACUCAACACGACUAGUGAAUUCAAAUUAUAGUCACUUGCGGAUUUCUUAAAAUUGUUGUAGUGUAGUGUAGUAUUGUGGUUUUUUCAGUAAAGACCCCGACCUAUAAAUAUUCACAGCCCGGCUCAUACGGGCGGACAAUAUUCACCCAGAGCCCCGUUGCGACCGCAAUGCUGUUCUUGAAGGACCUUACCUUAGAGUAGAGCAAAAAAAGGGAAUAGAAGUUAGGAAGACUACUGACGUAGGGCGGCGGGUGAGCUCAACCUCGAACCAAACAAGCAACGGAUUGAGCAACUAGCGCUAGGCGCAUCCUCUUGCUCCUUAACGACCGAGGGAUGAAAUCUUUCGACGACUAGGGAGGCCCGAGACCGAUUCCUGUGGAUCACUAUAGAAUCUUCUGGAAGCAAGCUAGGCUACCUUCUGGCUAGCUCUGCCAUCUUAGAAAAAUUCCUUCGCGCUUAGCUUAGUAAGCUAGCUUGGUAAGCUAAGCAAGCCUGGUUCUCCGGGCACUAUGGUAGGACGUGGAUCGAUCAUGACGAGAAUGGACUUCUCCGUCAUGUAAUGGUUUAGAAGAGUCACGGUCCAGUUCCCCGCCGGGCUUUUUCCCUUCUCGACUAGACGAAGGAGAUAUUCAUUCCAUUCAGGCAGGUGAGGAAGGGCGGCGUCGGCUUGACCCUGUCUUCUCUGGGUCGGAGGCUAAGUUUAUCAUUCAGUGGUGAGGUGUUCAUAGAAAGCAAGGCCUCGCCCAACGCAACGAGUGGCGGAUUUGGUUUGGAUGGGGUCUCGUCUCGCUUGGACGCUGGGGAGAUCUGGAUAGAGUCUUUCUCGCUCAGUAAAGAAGAGUACGCGCGCUACGGCUUACGCAGUGGAUCUUCGGGCAACCGGCACAUCCAAUUCCGAUCAACAACUUGGAUGGAGGUAUGGCUGAGUGGCUUAAGGCAUUGGUUUGCUAAAUCGACAUACAAGAAGAUUGUAUCAUGGGUUCGAAUCCCAUUUCCUCCGGUUGAACGGGCGGGCGAAAUUACGUGAGAGAAAGAACCUCAGAUUGAUGGAGUCCGCCGUCGGACAGAAUAGCACUACUUAGUGACUAGGAGCGGAGCGCCCCUUUCUUGUUCUUGGUGGCGUCUAUAGCGAAGAAGACCUUCCCGAACGAGGGCCGUCCAGUCCCUGGGCGGCUCUCGGUUCUUGAGCAAGCUCCUCCACUGCGGGUAGGAUGCUCAUAGAUGAAGAAAAGAGACUUUAGGCAAGUGGUUCUGGUAGCUCAGCUGGUUAGAGCAAAGGACUUAAAAUCCUUUUUUGCUUGUUUCAGUGGGAAGAGCAAGGGGCAUUGCCCUUGAAAUCCUUCAGUGGUUCGAAUCCACAUCUGAGCGUCUUUUUUUUUUCGGUAUGCCGCUCCGCGAGCAAGGAGCGCCGCGAGGAGAGCGAGAGAACGAAGUGGGCUUUGGUGAUGUCGGAAUUUGCACCUAUUUGUAUCUAUUUAGUGAUCAGUCCGCUAGUUUCUUUGAUUCCACUCGGUGUUCCUUUUCCAUUUGCUUCCAAUAGUUCGACCUAUCCAGAAAAAUUGUCGGCCUACGAAUGUGGUUCCGAUCCCUCCGGUGAUGCCAGAAGUCGUUUCGAUAUACGAUUUUAUCCGGUUCCUAUUUUAUUUAUUAUCCCUGACCCGGAAGUCACCUUUUCUUUUCCUUGGGCAGUACCUCCUAACAAGAUUGAUCUGUUUGGAUCUUGGUCCAUGAUGGCCUUUUUAUUGAUUUUGACGAUUGGAUCUCUCUAUGAAUGGAAAAGGGGUGCUUCGGAUCGGGAGUAACCACUAGUGAAAGGGCUAAGGGGGGAAGGACAUAGGAAAGAGGGAUGCCUACAAAAAAUCAAUUGAUUCGUCAUGGUAGAGAAGAAAAACGGCGCACGGACCGUACUCGAGCUUCGGAUCAAUGUCCCCAGAAGCAAGGAGUAUGCCUGCGUGUUUCGACGAGAACACCGAAAAAACCUAAUUCAGCUCUACGUAAGAUAGCAAAAGUACGGUUGAGCAAUCGACAUGAUAUAUUUGCUCACAUUCCAGGCGAAGGUCAUAAUUCGCAGGAACAUUCUAUAGUCUUAGUCAGAGGGGGUAGAGUGAAAGAUUCGCCAGGUGUGAAAUCCCAUCGUAUUCGAGGAGUAAAGGAUUUGCUGGGAAUUCCGGAUCGUAGAAAGGGAAGAUCUAAAUAUGGCGCAGAAAGACCAAAAUCUAAAUGAAUGGAAGAUGCC